AAUACUAAUAGGCACCGCCUUUUUCUCAACUCAACAACUGCACAUUUCUAUUUCGUUGCCUAUUAACUAAACAACUAUCUCAUUGACUACACUGGUGUAUAUAAUAUACACAUAGAUUUUGCAGCACUAAUGCCGGAUCUCAGUCGCCGGACGGGGAUCUCCUUCGCCGGAACCUUCUUUUGCAGUGCCUUCGCCGCUUGUUUCGCUGAGGUGUGUACCAUUCCCCUGGACACUGCUAAAGUAAGGCUUCAGCUUCAAAAACGAACAGUUGUAGGGGAAGGAACUGGUCCACCUAAGUACAAGGGAGUAUUUGGUACAAUUUCCACUAUUGCCAGGGAAGAAGGCUUACCAGCUCUUUGGAAAGGCAUCAUUCCGGGACUUCAUCGCCAGUUCAUAUAUGGAGGGCUAAGGAUUGGCUUGUAUGAGCCUGUCAAGGCCUAUCUGAGCAGUGAUUAUUUUGGGAAUGUUUCUCUAUUCCAGAAGAUACUCGCUGCUCUGAUCACUGGUGCGAUAGCAAUUUCAGUAGCCAAUCCAACUGAUCUUGUGAAAGUUCGACUUCAAUCAGAAGGUAAAUUGCCUGCUGGUGUUGCUAGACGUUAUUCUAGUGCACUGAGUGCAUAUUACACCAUAGUGCAACAGGAAGGACUGUCCGCUUUGUGGACUGGACUGGGUGCCAAUAUUGCGCGAAAUGCAACUAUAAAUGCUGCGGAACUUGCAAGCUAUGAUCAAGUGAAGCAGACAAUUAUGCAAAUUCUAGGGUUCUCCGACAAUAUUUUCACUCAUCUACUAGCAGGAUUAGGAGCUGGGUUCUUUGCAGUCUGCAUUGGAUCUCCUCUUGACGUGGUAAAAUCUAGAAUGAUGGGAGACACAAGCUACAAAGGUGCCUUGGACUGUUUUAUAAAAACUUUAGCAAAUGAGGGUCCGUAUGCUUUUUACAAAGGGUUCCUACUAAAUUUUGGUCGUCUAGGAUCUUGGAACGUAAUUAUGUUCUUGGUGCUUGAGCAAGUCAAGAGUUUUUUCUUCCUUGAAGCUUAGUGUACAGCACCAGGAAGUAUAUAUUAUCUUUUUAUUGUCAGCAUCAUGGAAGAGUGCUUGGUAUUUAUUGGUAUUUAGCGAAUUUUAAUGUACCCUGGGCUCAGUCUUGCUUUUAUGAAGUUUUUGAAGUGCUGAUAUGGAGGUUGUCAAAUCAACUUAUGGGGCCGGCUUAUUGAAAGAAGGCAUUUAGGUUGCAACCCGGGCACUAAUUUUGCAAUUGGAAAUUUGAGAUAUCAGCUACGUCUGAGCACACAGUAAUUUUUUACAUCAUAUAAUACAUAUACCACAAAAUGCUGAGAAUAUAAGAUGUUGUAUAAGUUGUACAAGGACAGCAAUUAGGGCAAAAACACAAUUAUACUUGUUUGUUCUCAGUUAGCUUGACGGAUCAGGCAUCAUUUGACUUCAAUUAUGUAACAUUAUUAUUCUACCUGUUUUAAAUAAACAUACUAGGAUAUCCUGGAUUCGUAUA